ACCGGUGCUCACACCCGGCCAGCCCUGCUGCAUCCUGCCAGCCUGCUGACCAGUGACCAGGCUCCAUCCUCACCGACCGGCUCCUCGGGUGGUCCCGGGAGAGCCCAGGGCCCCGGCCCCCCCUCCAGGGCUGCCUCCCCGCUGCCGUCUCAGCCCGGGCUCCCAUCGGCGUGGGAUGCGCCCUGGGUCCCGGAGCUGGUCGAGAAGAGCACGUGCUGGAAGGAGACCGCCCCAUCCCUUUCCCCGGGUGUCCUGGGGAAGGCCGCGCCGCGUCCUGCCGUUUCCAGCCCUUUGUCCUGCCGGGUGGUGUGAAAGCAAGCCCGUGGUGCUGGUAAUGCCCACCUGCCCCUCUGAGGAGAGUUGCCAGCCAGCACCCCGCAGGGGCAGUCACGCUCGGGCAAGGGACGCUGGGCACAGAGCGGAGCCCAGGCUCAGCUGCUGCAGAGGGGAGCGGGCUCCAGGCCUGGGGAACAGUGUCCCCAGGCCUGGCCCCCAAACACCCCCAACCCCGCGCUGGCAGCGAGGUGAAAGGUGAAGGUUCUGGAUCGCCGCUGUGUGCCUCCCUCCAGUCCUGGGAGGUUUGCGAGCGGCGGUCUGCCCGUUUGACCCUGAUGACACAUCUCACGAGCAAUUUCGGGGCUUGGAAUUGCAGGGGGCCGGGCUGGUGUCCCCUGCAUCGUUCUCACGCUGCGGCUGGGGGCUGCACGGUGUUCCCUCACUUGUGAACAGAUGGGAGGGCUGACCGUGAGUGCCAGCCUGUCCCCAGAACCUUCUCUCCUUAAAUACGAAAGUGCGUUGUAAGUCACGCUUUCGUGUUUCUCCUAAAGACACACGUCUCUACCCAAGGAAGGCGCCACCGCCACGGAACGGGCGUGUGUGUGCCAGUCGCUCCAUCGCGUCCAGUGCUUUGUGACUCCAUGGACUGUAGGCUCUGUCCAUAGAAUUCUCCAGGCAAGGCCUCUGGAGUGGGUUGCCAUUUCCUGCUCCACGUGUUUCUUAACUUACCUCUCUUUGCCCUUUGCCCCCCCGACCCUCUGCUAAUCACCCAUCUUGCUUCCCUUCCCCCAAGCCCGCACCCACCUGUCCUUCCCAGAGACUCAUGCCGAGCUAGGAGUUCUGAUCCUCAGAGGGUCGGGGGUCCCUGGACCCCCAUCCUCCAGCCAUUCGAAGCCCAGAACAGUCAGGAUGUUUAAGGACACGUAUCCCCUGGUCAAGCCCUUUAAGCCUCAGGAGGCCUGUGACUCCUCCUGGGAGGACAUAAGGCCUGACCACCUUCCCCAGGCCCCGAGUGUCCCAGGGGAGCCUUCUGCUGCACCAUGGGGCUACCUCUGACGGCCGCCCGGGGCGCAUGGACCCCCUGCACAGGCCACAGGCUGCGUCCGCCUGCCUCUGAGGCCUGGCCCCAGCCCCCUCCUGCCUGCCUCUGCUGCUCGGGCUGUUCUCUGCGAGGAGCACGCCUUCUGCUUCUAGCCGGAAUGCCUCUGCACCACCCCCCCGGCUCUGUCUCCAGAAGCCACCCCUCUGGGCCCCCAGGUCCCCCAUCAGGAUUUGUCCCUCCCACAUGGGCCUCAGAACCAACUGCGUGCGAGGGCGGGUGGCCCUGCCCUUCCGCCUGGAGCCCUGGUCUUGGUGUGGCCCUGGCUUCCAAGAGGAAGCAGGGAAAAGUGGGCACUCAGCGCUGCAGGGUGUGGGCACGGGCACCCCCAGCCCCAGGCGCUGACCCUCGCGUCUCCCCGCAGAGAAAAGACCGAGGACCCCGGCAGCAGCUCCCCGGCCCCUCCAAUGCCUUGGGCAUGGCCGAGGGGGCCCCACAGCCGAGCGGCCAGACAGCAGAGGAGACCCCCGGCUUCCUGCACGCGCUCCUCCGCGACUUCCCAGCUCCGCUGAGCCCGGAGAGCCCCUUGCCAUGGAAGGUGCCGGGGCCGGUGCUGACCCUCGAGGAGGCGGAGGGUGAGCUGGCUGAGCUGGCGCUGGGCUUCCUGAGCAGCCGGAGCGCACCGCCAUCACUCGCCGCCUGUCUGGCCCACGAGGCGGUUUCCCAGCUGCUGCGGUCAGACCUCUCUGAGUUCAGGAAGCUGCCGGAGCAGGAGGAGGACGGGGACAGAGUGGAGGAGAAGGCUCCUGUGACACUGCUGGACGCAGCGGGCCUGGCGCGGAACCUCUUCAACCACCUGUGGCAGGCGUGCGGCCAGUGGCAGCAACAGGUGCCGCCGGUGGCCCGGGCCCCGCAGCGCCAGUGGCUGGUCUCCGCACACGCCAUCCGCAACGCCCGCCGCAGGAUGGAGGACCGGCAUGUAUGCCUCCCCGCCUUCAACCUGCUCUUCGGCCUGGAGGACUCGGUGGAGCGCGCCUACUUCGCAGUGUUCGACGGGCACGGAGGAGCGGACGCCGCGAGGUACGCGUCCGUGCACGUGCACGCGGUUGCCGCCCGCCGGCCAGAGCUGGACACAGACCCCGCGGAGGCCCUCCGCGCGGCCUUCCGCUGCACCGACGAGAUGUUCCUCCGGAAGGCCCGGCGAGAGCGGCUGCAGAGUGGCAGUACGGGCGUGUGCGCGCUCAUCGCGGGCAACACCCUGCACGUGGCCUGGCUCGGGGACUCCCAGGUUCUUCUGGUGCAGCAGGGGCAGGCAGUGAAGCUGAUGGAGCCACACAGACCCGAGCGGCAGGACGAGAAGGGCCGCAUCGAGGCGCUGGGCGGCUUCGUGUCACACAUGGACUGCUGGAGGGUCAACGGGACCCUGGCUGUGUCCAGAGCCAUUGGGGACGUCUUCCAGAAGCCCUACGUGUCUGGGGAGGCGGACGCGGCCUCGUGGGAGCUGACGGGCUCCGAGGACUACCUGCUGCUGGCCUGCGACGGCUUCUUCGACGUGGUCCCCCACCAGGAGGUGGCCGGCCUCGUGCGCAGCCACCUUGCGGGGCCGCGGGGCAGCGGGCUGCGCGUGGCCGAGGAGCUGGUGGCCGCCGCCCGGGAGAGGGGCUCACACGACAACAUCACGGUCGUGGUGGUCUUCCUGCGGGACCCCCAAGGACCUGCUGGAACCAGAGCCUGACACUCCGCAGAGCAGCUAGGAGGCGUGGGCCCCCGCCCCCCACCCCGUGAUCCUCCCCCACAGAUGCCUUAGGACCCGGCAGGAGGCGGGCAGGCGAUGCCCCCCACCGCCUCGAGACGAGAGCACCCUCCUGGAGGAAAGCGGCCCUGGAGGGGCCGGGGGGCGGGGCCCAGGCUGCGGGUGGCGGCCACAGCCACACCAAAGACACCGGGCGUGCGCUCGGGGUGGCCAGGCACUGGGGCCGCGGGCGUUGUCCAGUGCCCUGGGCGCCGCGCAGAGGUUUCUUGUUCCCCCCGACUGCCCGUGACCGAGGAUUUGGGGGGUGCCUGGGGCUCCCGGCACCUGAGUGCGAAGGGUGGGCCUCGUGGGAAAGAGGCGGGGCGCCCACCCAUGGCCCCCUGGUGCCCACACGCAGCUUGCGCUCCAAGGAGGGGACGCCCAGACAAGGACGCCUGUCCCGUCUCUGCUCGUCUUCUCCCCGGGAAACGUUUCCUUCAGAAGCAGUGUUUCAGGUUUGGUCCACGUCCUGUCAGUGCCGAGAGGUUCCGUGGGUCAUGCAACUUAAGCAGUUACACGUUAUCUUGUUCCCUAGGACACUUUUAAGUAUUGAUUUUCUUUUUUUGUGAGACGCUCCUUUUGCAGUAUUACUGAAAUUUUUUUUCCCCUCAAUCAGGAUUGAGAAACAUCCUUUUCCAGGUGGUGUAAAUAAGCCAUUCAAGUGCCUUAAACAGCUAUGGGCAAGGCUGGGGCUGCUGGGCUGGGAUGGAUGCCCGGAGCACGCUUCAGUUUUUGUUUUUUUUUUUAACGAAAGCAGGAUUUGUUUUGUCAGAGCGGCGUGAUUUUGAGCAGAAUUCUCCCCAGCAGAGUUCCUUCUGCCUUUGCCCGGCUUGGGCCAGACCUCAGGGCUCCAGAGUUGGGGUGACCGUGGCCCCACCUGCCUCCCCACCCUCCUGGUCCCGUCCCCCAGUCUCUGGACCCCAGGCCAAGGGACUGAGCUCCACCUGACGGCAGGUCCGUGCUGCUGUCUGGGAUGUUCCGGAGGGCCUGGCGUGUCAGCGGUUGAGUUGGUUUCAUCAGGAUGCACCCCCGAGGGGCCCUGGCCGCGUUUGGAGGCAGCGGGAGAGCAGAGGGCAGUCUGCUCCGGUCCCAGCCUUCGCUGCCCUCCUCUGCCUGUCACCCACUGGCCCCUGUAGCUCCAAGCUUCAGGAAGUGCGUGAUAGGUUGGCUCCCCCCGAGUUGGUGUGGAGUUGGAAGUGGGGCGGGGGGGAUCCUCUGGCCGGAGGACGUAGGAUCUUCAUGAUGGGUUGGGGAAGCGUGGUGGGUGACUUAGGCGAGGCUUCAGAGAAGGUCACUGGGGACUGGGCCGCGGGAGGGGCUUAGGACGGGGGUCCCCAGGCUGCGGGGUGCAUGGAGGAGGCGGUCAGAGUCCCCCCAGCAGCAGGGCCCAGGACAGGCUGCACUAAGGGAGCCCAGGCCCUCCUCACCCAGGAAGGGGGCUGAGAGCCCCUCGUGAGGCCGGUUCCCAGGCUCAGCGUUGCCGCCCCCAGCCCCCAGCCCCAGCAGCAGGAAUGAAGCGGCUGAGCGGGGUCCCGGGCUCGCUCUAGAAGCCUCUUAAGCUGGUCAUUGCAGCUCAGAGCUUUGGUGGCCAAGUGAGCAGGUGUCACAACGUCUAACCCGAAGGUCUCGCCUUCCGGGAGCCAGAAGCCCCUCGUCAGGCCCUCCCGGCACAGGGGUCAGCUGGCCCUCAGGUUGGGGAGGGGGGCGUCGAGGGGGCGCCCCUUGUUCUCCCGCCGAGAGGGACUGGCCUCCUGCAGCGCCUGGUUGCAGGGCUGUCCCCCUCCGCCCCAAACUGGACUGGGCACCGUCGGCUCCUCGAGUCCUGACCCACUGCCCCUUCAGGCCACGGUCUUAAGAGGGCCCCCAGCGGGGGCGCCGGUCUAGGAUCCACGGUCCCCCCUCAAUCCCAGCUCUGUUCCUUGGUCACUAUGCGGCCCUGGGCCUCCGUGCCCCCUCGGUAGGGCAUGGGGCUGCCCGGGGCUUCAGGGGCGAUGGUGCCAGGGCUAGCAGCCCUCCCCGCCCGCAGGGAGGGGUGAUUAAGUAUUACUAGUGUCUAUUCUUAACAUUAGGUAGGUUGGGGAAGAGUGGAGCUACGGAUGCCGGCGCCUGCCUUGUGUGGAAGACGGCAGCCGGAGCCCUUGAGCCCUGCCUCUGCCAGUGGGGCCACUUCCAGGCGGGGCCCCUCGACGCAGCCCACCCUCAGCGUCCAGGCCUGGAAGAGUGGCAGGGGCCAGGCCCCAAGGGAGAGGCUCAGAUUGUCAGUCUGGGGUCCUGAGUCGGCUACCGGUGACCCCUGCUCUCCCCAGGCCAGCUUUCAGGCCCUCUCUCCCCGUCACCCGUGCCCCGCAGCUGGAGAGUCCACCGUGGACUCGGGUGUCCUGGCCACUUCUGCAGUAUUCCCAGGGAAGGUGGACGGCUCCACUGCUCCCGGUCCCGAGCCAAAUGGAUCAGGCAGGCCUGGGUGGGAUGAGCUGUUGGCUUUGCUUCUGGCUGCAGCCCUGGGGGCAUCCCUGGAGGCCUGCACUCUUCUCCAAGGCUCCCCAUGUGCCUGCAGCCUUGCCAGGGGUUUAUUUGUGGGCAUCUCGGCGGGCUUCCUGGAAGUGGUGUUCCAUGUAAAGGGUUCCCAGGCGGGGUGGCGGUUUCCCCAUCUGAGGGACAAGUCCCAGGGCCCCCAUGCUUAUGUCAAUAAACCACAAGCUCUGAACCCCUCCACCAA